UUGUGGCAGCCCAAGAUGCCUAGCGUCUCCCUCCGAGCCCCGUGGGGGCGAGGAAUAGGGCUAGGCCUGAGGACAGCUGGUCCUAGAAGACGAGAAGGUACUUGUAUCUCCUCCCACGGCAGGCAUUGGUCUGAGACACUCCCACGACAUGGAGCCAAGGCCGGGGCACCUCUUGGAAAAGGCCCGGGCAGGGCAAUUAUACCGGCGAACCUAGAACAGCAACAAUCUCGGAUCAACAGCAUCAUGGAUGUAAAGCUGAUUCUCUUGGUACAAGCAGUCGCCGUUGUCCUCUUUGCCGAUGUGACAGAAGCCGAGUGCAAGUCUGGCCAAAUAGAAUGUAGAACUGGAGGAAAGUGCAUCAGUUUGGGUUCGGUAUGCAGAUCCAACACUGUCUGUGAAGAUGGCUCGGACAAGGACCCUGAGAUAUGUCGGUUCUGGACAUUCGAUCGAAAUCAUUGUGGCGACUGGAGAUUUAAUUGUGGUGGAAGGUGUUACUACAUUCACGACAUCUGCAGCUUGACAGGUUGUGAGGAUGUGCUAGACCCCAGGGUGUGCAAGCUUGUCAAGUCCCGAAAACUCUCCCUUGAGCCAGAGGGGAUGCAGUUAGACACAGAUAUGUUGACCUUACUAGAUGCAGCCGUCAACACCACGCUAAGCAGAAAAGCAGAAUGUCCCAUGCUGUACACCCGAGUACAUAAACUUUGCUUAGCCUUCUUCUCACCUGCUAAGCUGUCAUGGCCCGAGGCAAAACAGUUUUGUCAUUCCAUCUAUGGUGAACUGUUCUACUUCAAAAAUUUGUCAACAUUUGCCCAUCUACUGACCUACAUGAGGGAAGCACUUCUGACGACAGACUACUGGAUCGGUGGACGCUACGACCUUGACACUAACGCCUGGUCAUGGGUGACUGAUGACUCCAUCAUGCCUCUCGGCUCCCCAUAUUGGGCUGUAAAGUACAACAAAACAUGUGUUCCCCGGCCACCGCCACAAACUGACCCCUUCAGUGACCCACCUGAGGACCUACCUGGAGCUCCGUGUUACAAUUACAUACAGUCACCUACCGAAAGGGUUCAAGGAUGGUGCGCAGCCUUGACAUACAAACACUUCUACUAUGUGAGCGACGAAGUGUGUCAAGAAAAACAUAGUCCGCUUUGUGUUCUCACUGACCGUGCAUAAAAUGAAGUGUGACUACUAUCUUCCUUGAAGGAUGUGCUGGUUAUCAUUUAAAUUUAGUUUAAUAUCAUUAUUAUGCACCUCAUACCCAUCCUGUGGGCGGCUAUCAAAAGAUUACAGAGGUACAUAAUGGGUCCAGUGACUGGGACCCAAAGUUUUGAUAGAUGAACAAGUUACAGUGAUAAUAAAUUGUUUACAUGGUUAUAUCUGGUCACAAUCGCAAUGAGUUACUUAUGGAGAUAUGAAUUAUGUCACACACACACACACACACACACACACACACACACACC